AUGCGCGCCCCAGGUAUUUACAAUAAGGCGCAUUCCGAAUUUCGCCAUAGCUACCAACAACCGACGGCUGUCUGCUUCGUUGACUUUGCCGCCGCGUUCGAUUCCGUUCAUCGUGAGUCCCUGUGGCAGAUAUUGGUGCUAGAUGGUGUAUCGGCAAAAAUCUUUGCCAUGAUCAAGGCCUAUUAUCGCUCCACUACUGCGAGAGUCCUAUUCCUCAACAAUCUUUCCCAAACUUUACGUAUUCAUUUUGCCGUUCGACAGGGUCGUAUCCUGUCACCCAUUCUGUUUAACUAUGCUAUUGACUGGAUCCUCGAGAGGGCCGUACAGGAGGAUGACGGCGUUGAGUUUGCAUCCGGACACCGACUGAGUGAUCUCGACUAUGAGGAUGAUAUCGCCUUACUUGCUUCAAGUUUUGGUGCUCUGCAGUCUAUGGUGUCACGGGUGAGCGUGGUCGGUAAAUCAGUCGGUUUAUCAUUAAACGCUGGGAAGACCAAAGGGCUUUCAAGCUGCAUCCCUGAUCAGGAGAAGGCACUCCUCGGGAUUGAUGGCUGUCAACUUGAAUAAGUAGGCAGUUUUAAAUACCUCGGGGCUAGGCUGCUGCCUAAUGGACAGAGUAAGGACGAUAUUAUUUCCCGAAUCGAUGCUGCCCGCUGGAUUUUCUCAAGACUUCGGAAAUGGGUUGAGCUGUCUAGAUCUGCUGCAGCGGAUCGUCACGCGUGGAGAGGUACAGCUCGUGGCAUCAUCGAGGCCGGCUAGAUCAGGCAUGAUCGUAGCCGUACCAAGUACAUAUACAAUAAUCGACCACAGUGAGAACAGGUUACGAAAAUAUCGAUAGACCUGGAGACCGUACCUCAGACCUCCGAUGCACCUGCAUUUCAGUGGUUAUGCGGACGUUAUACUAAAUUAAAUGGGGGCUGACAUGUUUGACUAAGGUACUCAGUGGGUCGAGGCUUCGCUUCGAUGGUUCAUUUGCAAUUUUUUCUGGCAAACCGCAGUUCGUGCCUAUUUACCAUACAAAAAAAUCAAAGGAGUGACUGGCAAUGGAGACUUACUAGUUUGUAAGAAAAAAAGCCCUCCCAACUAAUUCGUUAAGCUCAGACUAGACGGUUAAAAACCGUUUUGUUGAUUCCUUCGUGAGGAGACCUCGACAACAGAUCCCAGGAGACUAUGGAUGCGAGUUGACAGGAUACCCAUGAUGACCUGCAUGCCAGAAGUUGGGUCAGAGCCUUGUCGCAUAGGUGGUUCCACUUCGUUAGUGAGAAAAAGUACACUUUGUCUUGAACAGGAGCUAGCACUUUGAAGCGUACGUUUUUGGAUACGAACGAUGUGUCUCUUCAGGUUUCCAUUGCGGGCGAGGGCUUUGCCACAAAUGACACACGUGCACUCAUGCAGUUCUAAAAGGAAAAGGAUGAAAGAUACACCCGACUCACUUUUUCCGGGAUUCUAUGGCAUUGCAAGCACAUUUCAACACAGUAAAUCGCGAGGUCUUUGAUUACAUAAUGGAGGACGCUCAGGAACUCCAAGGAGAUAACGAAGCUGCAAAACACGAGACUUGGUGGAUGGUGCAUAACCGUCUGUUGCGUAUUCACGAAAGCCCACAACUACUAGAAUUCGGAGCAAUUUGAAAGUCCACCGUCCAUUAGCGUCAAACGGCACGGGAGAGUCCCACGCCCAAGACAGCCCCAUCGGUUCGUGCUGAUUUGCAGUAUGACAUUCGGGCGUCGAGAUCGCGGCUUAAACAUGGCAUUGAAGACACUUGAAAUAAGCGGCAAAUUCGUAUGAGGACUGGAAAACUGCUCAUAACCGGGAAGAGAGAUGCACAUCGACAACUUUAUGCUUUUGUUUCACAGUCAGUGGAGAAGAGGCCAACUUCCAGUUUACACGAUAAUCCAAUGACUUGCGACAGGGCUCCGGUUUAGUGCCUAAUCUGAGUGGCAGUCAGCGUGUGUGUAUUCGAUCAGUGGAGAAAGUGUAUUGUGUUCCUACCGGAUAACAAACAAUUUCAUAUCCUGUCGACCUGACUUUGCACUAGACGGUUACCUGCAAAUACACGCGUUUGAGAAAGUUACGGGUAGGGUUUGUAGUGUGUCAAAAGCCAGUGCUGAACAGAUGUGUCACCGCACAGCUCAGCUCAUAAAGAAGGACCAUUCCAGACGCCGGGGGGAUUGACUUAUUAGGCUGCUUAAACAGGACAUGGGAACAGGUACGCCCUGCCCAAGUAAUAAUGGUGUACCUGCUAAGGGCAGAAUAUUCCCGUGUCCCGACUCUAACAAUAACCCUGGUAUAAAACUAAGCUGUUUUCCUAAUCUAGACCAUAACCUUACGCUAAACCUCAAAUCUGCAGUUAACAUAAGCCCCUCCCUUAACUCCGAACUUUAUUCUGACUUGCGUUACCGUUAAAUUUAAACUUGGUUCUUAUCCUAACCCUAAGCAGAAGUUGAUUCAAAGACACCCGUAUUAAAAACAGCUCCUGCUUGCAUAUUCUGUUUAGGGGGCCAUAUAACGCUGGCAUCUAGUUUGCAUAACAAUACGUAAGCAAAAACCCUUCGCAUUUUGACCCAAUAUUAACAUGCUCGGCGACCGCGUUGGGACUCCAACCCUCGGCAACAAGGGUAAGGCUUCAAGAAGGAGACAAGAUCGGAGUCGUUUAUCGGAUCUGGUGCAGUGGCGGACAAAGCAACUACGUCGGAGUAACCGGAAGACAGCUCCGAACGAGAAUGGCCGAACACGCGGCAGCGGUGCGGUGAACACUCUUCCCAACACCGGGGUCGAGGCGUCAGAUGAUCGAGCAAUCAUCACGCCAACAUCCAACGCACGUGAUGAAAUUGCAGCAAUUAUCGACUCGAAUGUCGGCCACCAAGCAAUGAUCACACCAAGUGCGACAAUCCCGGAUGAAGGGGGGAGCCGUGAACGUUCAUAGGUAUGCGGUAGCAUGGCUACUGCAUCCUAUAAAUACCGCAGCCCCUUGUGCAACAACCACCCGUUUCUGCUCUUUUGUCUCUGAUGAUGGAUUCGAGUAGGAAUCCGGAACGUCAGGCUAAUUAAGCUCUUGUCCCGGCGAUCGUGUCUCCUUCUUCAAGACUACUUCCUGGGACUCGGUUCUUCGCUUCUAUUGAUAAGGCUUUAGUUAAACCAAAACAACAAUUUAAAAACCAUUCUUACUGAUUGGCUAAUGCAGACCAUGCGGUAACAAACCGCUUAGCAAACUCUCCAGUGAAGAAAACAUGACAACAUAUCGAUCCCCCACGGAGACUUACAAUACGGACUGACAGAACACCCAUGACGAUAUGCACGCCAGAAAUUCUAACUGAUCGUCACAUAAGAUGCCUCCCCUACAAACUAUGGUCAUAUCCUGGGCGGCAAAAAGUCAACUUAAUCUCGGGAAACUUAGUAGCAUACUAGCGCGUACGUUUGUGGAUACUGUCGACAUCCCUCUUCAGGUCUGCGUUGCGUGAAAAAGCUUCCUCACAAACUUCACACGCGUACUCUCGGAAUUCUGAAAAUAGUUACUAAAAAGGUUAAAUUCGUUGAAGAAUGUGCUAGAUACUUAAAUCACUGAGUACAUUAUCGAAUGAAUUUCUAAGCUGGAUUUUUACGCCGCAAAAUAGUAAUUUAAUUCGGACAGGAACAUCAAAUACUUCGACUAAAUAAAGAGGUAUGCUCAGCAACUCCGCAGGUUCGAGAGAGAAAAGCGAACAGCAGAACAUAAAACUGGGAUUCGGAGCGAUUUCGAAGAUCGCCUUCAAUGCUCAUGAACCACGAAAAACGGCACGGGCACGUUUAGGGGCAUAAACAUCACAUCCUGUAGUGCAAACUUAGAGUAUGAUAUUCGAGUGUCGCGACGGUGGUCUGGACAUGCCAUAAAAGCAAGGCGUGAAAUAGCGCAGCGAUUUGCGUAGGGACUGAAAAACUGCUCGCGGCCAACUAGACAGAGGACGCCUCUGACCAUCAGUACUAAAACAGUAGUCUUCCAUAGUGCUGUGCAAUGACUUGCAAAAUGGUUUCGGUGUGGUUGCUAGUCCGGAGGGCGGCCCCCACGUCCCACUCAGGGUUGAAGCAUCUAAGCAGGGAGUGCACUACGGGCACUAAAAUAGCUACGGUCCAGAGGUGGAGAAAGACACUCGAUGCCCGGCCGUCUCCGGAUCUGAUCAUGCGUCUGCCUGCUAACGUGAUGUGCGCGUGAAUGAAUAAGUCCCAUUUGAGUAAGUCAGCAUCAGCGUGGUCGGUUGUUUGGAUGACGGCGCAGUUAUGCACUUCAGUGAGGUUGACGAUUCGCAUGCUUUUUUGGUUGCUCGGAAACAGCGAUCUCACGGUUCCUAGUGCGGCGUUGGCUGCAGACAAGGGAGGCCUUAAAGCGAAGAGAAGAUUACUUAAUGAAGCUGCGCAACAAACGAAGAACGUAUAACCUUCAACUUUGAGUAUUCUAUCACUGUGUGUGCGCGCGGUGUACCUGAACAGCGCGGUGUAUCGAUGUUUAAUUGCACCGUGCAGGGUGUGAUAGGAUGCCUUAUGUACCUCGUGCAGGUGGUGACUGCCCCCCAAGCUCCUUAACCGUCACCGAACUCUCAUUUGUGGUCCCCCCCAUCCGGAGGCUGGGUUUCGCCCACCGGUCACAAUCCGAUAACCGCAUUGGUCAGAGAGUUAAAUUAUAUGAAGUUAUCCGGUGUCGUGUGUCUCCACACACCGUAUUUCCGCUUCUCAUUCCACCCUCCUCUUCCAAUUCAGAGGUCUUAUUUUAGGGCGACAUGAAAUCCCAUAGGCGGCGUGCGUUAACUCGUGUCGUUCACCUACCAAACCAAGCUGUGACCGAUAAUGGUGUUAGGCAGCCGUCUUGAAUGUCUUAACAGCUCUGUUCAGGGACAGCACUGAGUUCUCCCUCCUGGGGAAUUGACCAGAAAAGGAGGCCUCAGACAAAAGAUGGUAAACAAUGUCAUCUGCUAAUAUAUCGUAACUCGCGGAUGUAAAACCCGCGGUCGAAAAUCUGCAACGAACUUAAACUACCCUCGACACUGUCAUAGGCCACCACUCCAAAGUUGACACCAAUAUCGCCAUGCACCGUCCGAUUUCCAUCCCAGAAGCAAUCAUAGACGUGGAAAGGCACCCCCGCAAGGAAGGGCCGGCGUCCGACGCAAUCCUAAACGAGGUGUACAAGUAAGACGGUCAUCAGCUGAUGGACAAACGCAAAACGCUGUUCCAGGAGAUGUUGCGACAAAGACAUGUCCAUCGGGACAUUUAGGACGCGACAAUUGCCCACGCCUACAGGCGGAGCGGGAACCAGCAACUAUGUGAUAAUUACAAAGGCAAUUCCCUGCUCAAUUUUGCAAAAAGAUCUUCGCACACGUCCCUUUUAAUCGUUUUAAGAGCCAUCUGGAAGAGAGACUUCUCCCAGACAGUCAGUGCGGCUUCCGACGAUACCACGGAAAGACCGACACGAUCUUCGCGGCCUGCCAAUUACAAGAGAGGUGCCAGGAAAUGCGGGCUCACCUCUACACAGCCAUCAUGGAUGUGACAAAAGAAUUCGAUACGGUGAGUCGUAAUACUCUGGGAAAUCACUUAGGAAUACUACUGCCCUGACCUAUUCGUGCGUAUGGUGCAUUAGCUCCACGAAGAAGUGAUUGCGCCCGUAUUGGACAAUGGGGCAUGAAUUCUUCUCAUUGAUUUUCGAUGAUCCUAAACGUCCGAUAAUAUUUAGUAGAAAACAUGCAUAAAAAUAUUCAUUCUUUCGCUCAUUCGGUAGACAAUUACGUCUUCUACCAAUCUUAUACUCGAAAGGAGGAUAAUAUUCGGUUUUCAAAACCUUUUCCAAGUCCCGAAUAAUUUUGAACCCGACCUUCCGUAACACUUGCUUUCAGGGUUUCCCAACAACAAGCCGUAUAUUUUCCGCGUACGGUAAACCACGCAUUUCUCUGCAGUAAUAAAUGGGGAUCAUAUAGAGUUCAAAAAUGAAGCAGUAGAUCUGAUUCAUAUCGCAAAUUUUACAAGCCACAUUGGUAAGUGAAAAGACUCGACGAUUUAUAAACGGCCAUUUCACAGUAUUUAAAAGUCUCACAAUAAGAAACUUUUUAAAACCGAAUUAUGUCCCGCUGUGAGUAUAAAAUUAGAAGACGUAAUAAUCUGCCGAAUGAACAAAAGAAUAACUAUGUUAGGGGGCGCUCACCGAUCGUUCAUACGGAACUCACUCGUUCCGUUGGGCCUUAAGGGCUCUCUCUCGAGCCCAACUAGCAGCCGCACAGCGGCUCAUGAUAUAUAGGCAGAAUCGUAUUACCGACAAAGACAAGAGAGACAAGUCUCCCCCCUUGUCUUUGUCGGUAAUACCAUUCUGCCUUUAUAAAGGAAUAACUAUGUUUGUGCAUGAUUUUAAUGAAAUAUAAUUGGACUAUCGAAAAUCCGUGAAAAAAAUCUAUGCUAAAUAAGUCGUCCUUUUUUACAGAGUGUAGAUUUUGCAUGCAGCCAGAAGGAAGUUCGUUCGAAAUCUGGCAUUCUGACCCUGCCAGCACUUGGCCCCCUCUUGAAAGGGGGCCAAGAAGGGGCUAUGAGGGGGCUAGCCCCCUCGUAGUUUUCUCGUCGGUAUUGCACUAUUAACAGGCAUUACUCCGUGAAUAAGCGUGCAUUUUUCGUUUUAAAAUUGUUUUUUGAAUAAUAAGAAGUACCUUUGGUUCUCGGAGGUUGUGCUUUUUACAUAUCUCGGCAAUCCUGAUAUGAAGCUCGUAUUUGUUUAAGUGUGUCAGUUUGCGGCACUUAUCUCGCACGUGAGCUGCGUUCCUCUCGUCGUGAGUUCUAAUACCGUCUACUGUGGUGUACGUGCAUACGUUACUGUGGUAUGUUACGAACUGUUGUUUUGCUCUCUUUUAUAAUAUUUUGUUACUUUUGACCUGUAAAUUUGUAUUAUCAUUGAAUAAUUGCCUGUUGAUUUAAGCAAUAUCAAUGAGAUAUCCGUUCUAGCAGAGUCAUCUGAGAAGCUGCACUUUGAGCCUUUGUUUAUCAUUUUUGUCAUUGACAUUAAGUAGAAAUGAAGCGUAAGUAUUUUGGAAUCAACCGGAGCACUGCCUAUAAGCGAAUCCAGCGCCUAAAGAGGGCCUACUAUGCUGCAACGGAGGCUGCCCAACCGGUUAAUGUUCCAUCGGCGUCUACUUUGCCAAGUGACUUUCCUGAAUUAGAAAUGCCAGAAUUAACGGCUGAGGGUUACACUGGUAGGUUUUUCCAUCGAUGUAGAAUAUUAGUGGGUGUAGAUUUUGCAGCCAGCCAAGUGCAAGUGACGGAAACUGUGGGAAAAUCUUUUCUGUCCGGUUUACAAGAACUGUGUCUCAAAACACGAAUGCCUCUCUCUAUGAUGAAGGCUUUAUUCGAUAUGCUGCGGCCCUACCACCCAGAAGUCCCCAAGGACCCGCGAACGCUCCUGAAGACUCCCAGAAGUUGUAACGACAAGGUCCUCAGCAACGGGAAGUAUGUCCAUCUGGGCAUUGAGCGAGCUUUGCUGGAUGAGGUAAACCGUCGUCAAACGACUGAAAUUCCUGAAAUGCGCAUCCAAUUGCACAUUGAUGGGAUGAAGUUGUUUAAAGGAUCGGGUCAAUGCCUUUGGCCAAUACUUGCGCGAAUUAGUCACCCUGUUAUUGGUGAUCCCUUCGUCGUUGGUGUAUUUUCCGGCUUCGGCAAACCCGAACCAGUCGACGAGUUUCUUCAUGACUGCGUUUGCGAAUUGAAAGGACUUCUUGAUGGUGGCCUGCGACUCCCAGGUACAGGGGAUAUUGUAAAAGUGGAGCUAGGCAAUAUAAUUUGCGAUGCCCCUGCCCGCUCCUACAUCCGCCAAGUCAAGGCACAUAACGGAUACUAUGGAUGCGAUAGGUAGGUUUGUUCAUCUAGCUAACCUAAAUCACUCUAGGUGCUGCCAUGUAGGAAUUCCCAUAGCUAACCGGAUGACAUUUCCGCCAUAUAGUGGGCGUCCUCGAGACGAUAUGUCAUUCCGGUUGCGAAAGCAGGCCAUGCACCAUCGGGGCAUAUCACCAUUCGAGGAGUUACCCAUCGACAUGGUUGCCUGCUUUCCCAUGGACUACAUGCGCCUAGUAUGCCUGGGAGUAAUGCGUAAAUUGCUGCACAUGUGGCGCCUCGGGGUGAAGAAGUUUUCUGCGGCGCUCAAUGCGCGGAUUGAACAGUGCAGCAAUUGUCUGCCGGCAGAAUUUGCUCGGAAGUGCUGAACUCUGGAUUGUCUGGAGUAUUGGAAGGCGGCCGAAUUCCGGCAAUUUCUCCUUUACAUCGGGCCGGCAGUUUUAAAAUCAUUUCUUGACCAGGAGCGGUAUCAGCACUUCCUCAAGUUGUCUGUUGCCAUCUAUAUAUUUUCUCACCCCCGGUUACACAUUACGUGCAUUGACUUUGCACGCAUCCUUUUAAAUGGCUUCGUAGAAGACUUCGGCAAGCUGUACAAUCCAGCUGACCUGGGUUACAACGUGCAUUGUCUGGUCCGACUUCACGAAGAUGUAUCGCGGUUCGGAGUGGUAGACAACUUCUCGGCUUUUCGCUUUGAGUCGUUUCUGCAAAACGUCCGCAAUUACAUUAAAGGACCGACAAACGUAGCCGCGCAGGUGUACAGGCGCAUUAGUGAAAGGCGCCUGCCUGAGUUGUCCACAGGUCCCACGCUGUUGGACGACGAUGAGGGAGUGCCACGGUCUUUGCAGUUGCCCCGCAGCUCUAAGGCCAUAUUACACAACGGGUAUCUCUUGUCGACCCAAUCUCCUGACAAUGUGGUACUUGUCGGCGAUAGACCGUGCGUACUGACAUCCGUGUCGGCUACAGGCAUAGUUUACCGCCAGUUUGUUGAUUGCCAAGACUGCCUGGAUCCUGCAUUCCCUUCCUCAACUUUACUCAUUUUUAAGGCCUCCCAUUUGGACAGCAAAGUUUCGAAUGCUUCACUCGAUGACAUUAUUUGUAAAUACGUUGCGCUACACCUGGACGGUUGUUUUCACCUAAUUCCCAUGUUGCAUACUUUUUGAUUUUUGAUCCCCCACUUUUUCCAUUUUGCAUCCCAUGGACAUUUUUCGGUUCUACAUUUUGUGGACACUACUUACAGAUGUAUGCGGUUGUUGAGUUUUUGAAUGAUAAAUCUGUGGCGGCCGUGCCGAAGAGUUGGUUCCACAGCGAGGACUGUGUGAUGUGGGUUAAGAACCACAAGCUACGUGACCGGCUACUUGUGAAUAACGAAAGGCCUCCAGAAGGCACAAAGAUUUACCCGGUCCGUUUGCUGAAGAAUGACCUCUCACUGGACAGAGCGCUUCGGCUAGAAAGAAAGGCUGUAGAGACUGACGAUCUUUCCCACUCCGAGCCUACCGAAUUAGGCCGAGGGAUGAGGAGAAAGUAAGUGUUUGCUUUUCAUUAAUUUAUCUUUGUAGGUUUGUGCGCCAGCUCACCUCAGACGACGACGAGGAUGAUGAUGAGGAAGAAAUAGCUGCACAAAGAGCAAGACAAGAUCGUCUAUUAACUGCUUGGCCCACGCCGCCACGCAUUCUCCAGUAA